GCUUCUUUUUCUGUUUAUUUCGUUUCUGAUUCUGUUUCUCUGCGUUGUCUUCUCCUGAAUGUGAUAUUCCUACACCCAUUCGUGCGCCAACACUUCCCCAUCCCACGCCUUUGACAGGUCGGGCUUCAAUAUUAAAAUGCCCCUCCUCGAAACCGCAUCUAUGCAGUCAGAAAGAAUCGUCCCUGUAGCAUCGAAAGCUACGGAUGGUGCUAUCGGAGACGAUGUUGCACACCUCCUGAAGACCGUAUUUGAAGCCCAGACCUCGCAGCAGGCACUAGAUGCUUCCUACGGCCUUACCAACCUACUUAUCAGCACCGGGAGCGUUCGAUGCCUCCACACAUUCAAUGUUAUCCCUGAAAUAAAGAAAGCGGCGACAGAUAAGAAAAAUGGUGCUAGGAGGGAGAGCUCUAUGCUAAUUCUUGGAGCUUUGUUUGAACAAUAUCCUUUGAAAAACCCGUUGAGCGAGGUUGUCUUCCUGCUUGAGAAUGGCGGAUUGCUUUACCUUGCCUUGGAUCUCCUCGCAGAUAAGGGUGCAGUGGUUCGAGAAGCAGCUCAAUAUGCCAUUGAUGCUUUAUUUGCAUGCCUGAAGGAGGAAUCUUUAGUUCACGCUCUUAUUGAGCCCCUUUCUCAAUACCUCAGUAAGCCCACUGGAAAAUGGCAGGGAACAGUCGGUGCGUACCAGUUGCUGGAAAAGGUAGCGAAAAGAGCCGAGAUUGGUACGGAGAGCAAGGAGAAGGAGGAGCUUAAGGAUCUUCUACGACUUAAUCUAGGCCAAAAACUGAAGGAUCUGAUCCCUAUUGUCGAGGGUGGAAUGCAUGACUUGAAGGCAGAAGUUGCUAAACAAGCUGUUAAAACUAUGACUGCCCUGUCGACUGUCCUUGACAAUGAUGAUGUUGCGCCGCGAAUUCCGCUACUUCUCAAAACCAUGGAGAAGCCCUCGACCGAAACACUCCAGAAAGCUAUCCAUGCGCUGUCUCAAACAACCUUCGUUGCCAUCGUGACAUCUCCAGUUCUCGCAUUACUUACUCCCCUCCUUGAACGAUCUCUCAACACCCCAACUACCACUCAAGAAGUCCUCCGUCAAACUGUCGUAGUUGUUGAGAAUCUUACCCGACUUGUGCACGAUCCCGUCGAAGCAAGGACCUUCUUGCCCAAGUUGAAGCCUGGUGUUCAGCGUGUCAAGGAUGGUGCCUCUCUCCCUGAAGUUCGAGAAUUAGCUACUCGAGCUAUGAACGUUAUAAACAAGGCCAUGGGUGUUGAUGAAGCCGGCACUACUGAUUCACGUGCGACUACAGAGCAAGUAGAGGCCGUUCUUGAGGAGCAUACGAAACCAUACAUCAAAUUCAACCAUACCGAUGAGAAGCGUUUCUGGGAAACCAGCAGAAACUAUAUUGCUAACAUGGUCCGAGAUGAUGCCAAUUCACGACUCCUUGAACGUAUUCAAGUGUGUGUGGGCCCAUAUCUCCAAUCCUUCGUUCCUGAAGGAAAACACGACGAGAUUGUUGCGACUGUGAAGGCUCAUUUCGUUGAGGAAGAUGAGCGCAGAUUUGGAGUCCCAGUUAAGGAAGAUGAUGGGGAGAUCGAAAUUGUCAAUGCCAACUUCUCCCUUGGUUACGGAGGCCGACUCCUUCUCUCCCAUGCCAAUUUGAGACUACUCAAGGGCCAUAGGUACGGUCUUUGCGGCCGUAAUGGUGUUGGAAAAUCCACUCUCAUGCGCAGUAUCGCUAAUGGCAAGCUCGAAGGCUUCCCACCUCAGGACGUCUUGAAAACUUGUUUUGUUGAGCAUAAUCAAGGCGAGGAUGCAGAGUUGAGCGUCUUGGAAUUCGUCACAAAGGAUCCGGAGAUGGCCGCUGCCGGUGAAGAGAAGAUCUCCGCGGCCCUUAACGAGGUUGGGUUUACCCCUGGCCCAGAAGGCAGGCAGCAACAACCUGUUGGCUCUCUAUCUGGUGGCUGGAAGAUGAAAUUGGCACUUGCCGGAGCUAUGGUUAUGGGUGCUGACGUGCUCCUCCUUGACGAACCUACCAAUCAUUUGGAUGUCCACAAUGUUAAAUGGUUGCAGGAAUACCUGAAGAAACACACAGAAGUUACCAGUUUGAUCGUCAGUCACGACUCCGGUUUCCUAGAUGAGGUCUGCACAGACAUCUACCAUUAUGAGCAGAAGAAACUUGUUCACUACAAGGGAAAUCUCGCGGACUUCGUUAAGGUCAAGCCGGAAGCAAAGAGUUACUACACUCUAUCCUCUGCCAACGCACACUUCAAGUUCCCACCUCCUGGUAUCUUGUCUGGCGUCAAAUCCGCGACUCGCAUUAUCCUGCGCAUGACUAAUUGUUCUUACACUUACCCGGGUAGCAGCAAACCAUCAUUGGUCGAUGCAAGCUGUGCUCUUACUCUGUCCUCUCGGGUUGCUAUCAUUGGUGGUAACGGAGCAGGAAAGUCUACUUUGAUGAAGCUGCUUACGGGUGAAACAAUCCCACAGACCGGAAAAGUUGAGAAGCACCCCAAUCUUCGAAUUGGUUACAUCAAACAGCACGCAUUGGAGCACGUGGAAAUGCAUAUGGAGAAGACUCCCAAUCAAUACCUCCAAUGGAGAUAUGCCAAUGGAGAUGACCGUGAAGUCCUUCUGAAACAAACCCGUAUACUCACCGAGGAGGAUAAGAUCCAGAUGGCCAAGCCUGUUGACAUCGGUGACGGAAAGGGCCCACGCAACAUCGAAGCUUUGAUGGGAAGGCAAAAGUACAAGAAGACCUUCCAAUAUGAAGUGUAAGCACGCCCGGUAGCCGUUCACCAAUCUUGAAAUCUGGUUAAUGCUAACAAACACUAGUAAAUGGAAGAACAUGCUCCCCAAGCACAACACUCAGAUAUCGCGUGAAACUCUUCUGGAACUCGGAUUCCAAAAGCUUGUCCAAGAAUUUGACGACCAUGAAGCCUCUCGCGAGGGUCUUGGAUACCGAGUUCUCGAGCCUAAGGUUAUCUCUAAGCACUUCGAAGACAUCGGUCUCGACCCUGAGAUUGCCAACCAUAACGAAAUUGGCGGUCUCUCUGGUGGACAGAAAGUCAAGGUCGUUCUGGCCGGAGCCAUGUGGAACAACCCUCAUUUGCUCGUCUUGGACGAGCCUACCAACUUCUUGGACCGUGACUUCUUGGGUGGCCUGGCUGUUGCUAUCCGUGAGUUCAAAGGUGGUGUGGUUAUGAUCUCUCACAACGACGAAUUCGUUGGUGCCCUCUGCCCUGAAAGAUGGUACGUUGAAAACGGCCGGAUGACUCAUGCCGGUACUACUGCCGUUGCGCUUGAUCGUUUCGAAGACCAGUCUCGCAACCCCAGCACUGUGGCCAGCAGUGUAGUAUCUAGUGCAGCACCUUCAGCCGUGAACUCUGGUGCCGAAGACGGAGGCGAGCUUAAGUUCAAGGCUAAGAAGAAGAAGAAAAUGACCAGAGCUCAACUCAAGGAGCGUGAAGUGCGCCGCAGGCUAAGACACAUUGAGUGGCUUAACAGCCCUGCCGGAACUCCGCACCCGCCCGAUACUGAUGACGAGCAGUAGCUUGCCAUCGUACCUUAAUUCUUUCGUUUAUAUAUAUUUGAUUCAAAGUACCUAAUGGUUGUUAUGAGUUCGGAUAUCUCACGAGUUUAUGUCUUGUUUUUUGGCGGCCCGUUGUUUGGUAUCGUUCGUCUCCGGUAUACGCGACCGGGUAUCCCUUUUUAUAGACAGAGACGGGCACUA